CCAUCACUUCUGCUUUCAAAGAGCAGGCAGAAAACAUCCAAACUUCUUGUUCAGAGCCUUUAGGCAAUUUCUCCUACGGAAUAAUGAUGCAGAAGGUUAUUGUUCCUUUUUUUGCCGCUCUUUUGGCCUUUGGCUUUUGCCAAAUGAUGGCUGGAGGCUUACAGAAGAUAAAAAAUGCCGAUAACGAUGAGGGGUUCCAGAGAGCAUUGCAGUUUGCUGUUGUCCAACACAACAACGGGACCAAUAACACGGUCCUCUACCAGGUCCUCAAGGUGGUCUCGGCUGAGCGACAGGUGGUAGCUGGGACCAACUACGUAAUAACUGUGAUUAUGGGGAGAACCAAUUGUGAGAAGGAGGCACCAGCAGAUAACUGUGCUGUCCACAAAAUGCCUGGAUUCGCUAAGCCUUACCAAUGCAAAUUCAAUGUGUGGAGUCGCCCAUGGCUUAAUGAUACCCAGCUGACCAAAGAGGAAUGCGGUGAUAUUCAACCUGAUAUUGAACCUGCUUCACAAUGAAAAACAUUUUUCUUUUGAAGAUCUAUGAAGUGAUACUGUCUUAACACCUUCUUUCUACUUUCAAACUUAAUAAAUUUUUUCUGCAAAGCAAAAUAAAAGUCUCACUGUGAUAGUAUCCAUUAGGACACAAAGUACGCAGCUUUAAAUAAAGCAACUUUUAAACUUU